AUGGUUUCAAAUGAAGCCCUUCAGUAUGCAGGAAUUGUCAAAUUACUGAAGCAUUUUGGAUGGACCUGGAUUGGACUCAUUGUUUUGAGAGACGAGAGCGGAGAUCAUUUCUUGAAGAUCUUGGAACCUUUGCUUUUCCAGAAUGGAAUCUGCUCAGCCUUCAUACAAAGAAUCCCAAGCCAAGGUCGUUUGCCAUCAUUAACCCAAAUCAACGAAGUAUCCUCAAGUACUUAUCAAUAUGUCAUGGACAACAGAGCCAACAUAUUUAUUGUGUAUGGAGAAAUUCUUACAGUUAUGUGGCUGAGUUCUUUAAUGUUUCAGUCUGAUUCUUUUCAUCAGGAAAAUGCACCAACGGGAAAGUUGUGGAUUGUGACUGCACAGAUUGAUUUCACCAUCAUGGGCGUUGUAACCAGCUGGGAUUCAGAAUUAUUCCAAGGCACCAUAUCGUUUGAGGUUCCUUCAAAUGAACCACUCGGGUUUCAGACCUACCUUCAAAGCCUAAAAUGCUGCUCAGAACAAGGGGACAAUUUCCUAAAGGAUUUUUGGGAGCAAGCCUUUCACUGUACGCUUUCAAAUUCCAAAGAAUCAGUGGAGCACAAUAAAAUAUGCACUGGGGUAGAGAAGUUGGAGGUGCUUCCAGAUGCUGUUUUUGAAAUGCAGAUGACUGGUUACAGCUACAGUAUCUUUAAUGCUGUCUAUCUUUUGGCACAUGCUUUACAUACCAUGUCUUCGUUUAGGUCCCUCCACCAAAUGUUAGUGAAAAGAAACAGACUUGUAGGUCAAGAACUUCAACCUUGGCAGCUUCACUGGUUUCUUAAAGGCAUUUCCUUCAACAAUUCAGCUGGAGAAAGAGUGGCUUUUAAUGAUAAAAUGGAGGUUGCCACUGGUUUUGAUAUAAUGAAGAUGGUCAUAUUCCCAAACAACUCCUUCACAAAAGUGAAAUUUGGAAGGAUAGCUACCAAGGAGGGGCAGACCUUCAGCUUUUACCAAGAUAGAAAAAGCUUGCACAGGCUUUUCAACCAGGUUCUGCCCUUUUCUCUGUGUAGUACUCCUUGCCAGCCUGGAUACCAAAAGAAAAAGAAAGAAGGGGAGAAAUUCUGUUGCUAUGAUUGUGCUCCCUGCCCAGAAGGGGAGAUUUCAUACCAAAUAGAUAUGGUUGAUUGUUCCCCAUGUCCAGAAGAUCAAUAUGCAAGCAAGAAGCAAGAUCGAUGUGUUUUCAAGACUUUAAACUUUCUGUCUCAUAAAGAGCCAUUAGGGAUGAGUUUAGCCUUGGUUGGAAUUAGCCUAUUUAUAACUACAGCCUUUGUCCUUAAAACAUUUGUUAAGCACCAAGAUACUCCAAUCGUCAAAGCCAACAACCGGGAAUUGACAUUUACACUCCUUCUGUCCCUUCUCCUUUGCUUUCUUUCAUCUUUACUGUUUUUUGGACAGCCUAACAAGACCACUUGCUUUCUUUGCCAAACUGCUUUUGGCAUUGUUUUUGCCUUGGCUGUUUCCUGUGUAUUAGCUAAAACCAUCACUGUAGUUGUAGCUUUCAUGGCCACGAAACCAGGGUCCAACAUGAGGAAAUGGUUGGGGAGAAAAUUGGCCAGUUUCAUUGUUAUUUCCUGCACCCUUGUUCAAGCAAGUAUUUGUUCUUGGUGGAUGGCAACCUCUCCUCCCUUCCCAAAUUUGGAUAUGCAUUCUCUCACUAGUGAAAUCAUAGCAGAAUGUAAUGUGGGAUCUUCUGUCAUGUUCUAUCUUGUCCUGGGCUACUUAGGAUUUCUAGCCAUCAUUAGUUUUAUGGUGGCUUUUUUUGCCAGAAAGUUGCCAGAUGCUUUCAAUGAAACUAAGUUUAUCACCUUCAGCAUGCUGAUGUUUUGUAGUGUUUGGUUGACUUUUGUCCCUACCUAUCUGAGCACAAAGGGGAAGUAUAUGGUAGCUGUGGAGAUCUUCUCCAUCCUAGCAUCCAGUGGUGGAUUGCUGUCUUGUAUCUUUUUCCCCAAAUGCUACAUUAUUCUGUUGAGACCUGAAUUAAACAACAAGCAGCAGUUAAGAAAAAGCAAUUAG